AUGGUAGGGGACCUGGCUGAGAAGACGUCUGUGAGGGCGGUGCUAGAAAUCCGGAAAGCAGGUGAGAGUGAAAUAAGGGUCAUGACAAAGAGCUCCACGGUGGACCUGGUCACCAAGACUGAUGAAAGGGUAGAGAAAAUCAUUAUCGGAUCUCUUAUCAAAGAAUUUGGAGAGGGCACACACUGUUUCAUUGGGGAGGAGUCAGUCGCAAAAGGGGAGCCGUGCAUUUUGACAGACAAGCCCACGUGGAUCAUAGACCCUGUGGAUGGCACCACUAACUUUGUACAUGGAUUCCCCUUCGUGGCGGUGUCCAUUGCCUUUGCUGUCAAAAAACAGCUGGAGUUUGGCGUGGUGUACAGCUGCUUGGAGGACAAGAUGUAUAAAGCAAGGAGGGGAAAAGGAGCUUUCUGCAAUGACGAGCCAAUUCAGGUGUCUGAUGUGAAAGAUAUCAACAAGUCCAUUAUCAUUUCUGAGCACGGGACUGACCGGAGUCCAGAAAAAGUAAAAAAAAUCUUCUCCACAAUGCAAAAGAUCCUCUGCAUCCCAGUGCAUGGGCUCCGCGGGUCAGGAACAGCUGCCACUAACAUGUGUCUGGUGGCCACCGGAGCGGUGGAAGCUUUCUUCGAGAUCGGGAUCCACUGCUGGGACAUUGCCGCCGGGGCGGUCAUAGUCCAAGAAGCCGGGGGAAUCCUUCUGGACGUGGACGGGGGACCGUUUGAUUUGAUGUCUCGAAGGAUGGUGUCAGCAAACAACGACGUUAUCGCAAAACGGAUCAUCAAGGAAAUUGAAAUAUUCCCCGCCGCGAGGGAUGAUGCAACACCAGAGAAGAAAUAG